UCCGAGUUCGAACUAGUCCGCCUCUUGCUGUCAAAGGGAUCAGACGACGUCAGUGCUCACGAUGGAAGGAGGACACAGCUGAAGUGGCCGCAUCCACGCGUGUCGGACAGACGGACACUAUCGGAAAUAUCUGCCGUCUGUUUUGGAUUUUGGCCGUGCAGCUGCAAAGUUGACUCUUUCUAAACAUACACAGCAUUGGACCGCCGGGGAAGGAGAACGCAGUUGCUUUGAAGAUGGGGGGUCGGGGUCAGUUCGGGUACCACUGGCAGAGCCAUAAUAUCAAACUGAGCGGAGUGGAUGACAUGGUGCUGCUCAGCAAGAUCAAUGAGGACGCCAUAGUGGACAACCUGAAGAAAAGAUACAUGGAUGACUACAUCUUUACAUACAUUGGUCCUGUGCUGAUCUCCAUCAACCCCUUCAAGCAGAUGCCUUAUUUCGGGGAAAAAGAAGUGGAGAUCUACCAAGGCGCGGCCCAGUAUGAGAACCCGCCUCACAUCUACGCUCUGGCAGACAACAUGUACCGAAACAUGAUGAUCGACCGAGAAAACCAGUGUGUCAUCAUUAGUGGUGAGAGCGGAGCCGGCAAGACUGUGGCGGCCAAAUACAUCAUGGGAUACAUCUCCAGAGUGUCAGGAGGUGGACCAAGGGUGCAGCACGUCAAAGACAUCAUCCUGCAAUCCAACCCACUGCUGGAGGCCUUUGGGAACGCCAAGACAGUUAGGAACAACAACUCCAGUAGAUUUGGGAAAUACUUUGAGAUCCAAUUCAGCAAUGGCGGCGAGCCAGACGGAGGGAAAAUCUCCAACUUCCUUCUGGAGAAGUCACGUGUCGUCAUGAGGAAUCCUGGCGAGAGGAGUUUCCAUAUAUUCUAUCAGUUGAUAGAAGGUGCGGGCGAAGACCAGAAGAACAGCCUUGGAAUCACAAGUUUGGAUUACUACACUUACCUCAACCAGUCUGGUGCUUACAAAGUGGACGACAUUGAUGACAAAAAGGACUUCCAGGAGACCACGCAUGCCAUGAAGGUGAUCGGCAUCUCGGAUCAGGACCGUGCCAUGGUGCUUCAGAUUGUGGCUGGCGUCCUGCACGUGGGCAACAUCAGCUUCAAGGAGGCAGGCAACUAUGCUGCUGUGGAGAGUGAAGAGUUUCUAGCCUUCCCUGCCUUCUUGCUGGGUAUUGACCAGAAUCGCCUGAAGGAGAAACUGACCAGCCGCAAGAUGGACAGCAAAUGGGGCAGCACCAAGGAGUCCAUUGACGUGACCUUGAACGUGGAGCAGGCGUGUUACACACGUGACGCUCUCUCCAAAGCAUUGCACUCGCGCGUGUUUGACUUCCUAGUUGAGUCCAUCAAUAAAGCCAUGGUAAAGGAUCACCAGGAGUUGAAUGUCGGCGUUUUGGACAUUUACGGAUUUGAGAUUUUCCAAAAAAAUGGCUUUGAGCAGUUCUGCAUCAACUUUGUGAAUGAAAAGCUGCAGCAAAUUUUCAUUGAGCUGACACUAAAGGCUGAACAGGAGGAGUAUGUUCAGGAGGGCAUCAAGUGGAGUCCUAUUGAGUACUUUAAUAACAAGAUCGUCUGCGACCUCAUCGAGAGCAAAAAUCCUCCUGGCAUUAUGAGCAUCCUGGACGACGUGUGUGCCACUAUGCAUGCGGUCGGCGAGGGGGCGGACCAGACUAUGCUGCAGAAGCUCCGCAUGCAGAUCAACACUCACGAGCACUUCAACAGCUGGAACCAAGGCUUCAUUAUUCACCACUACGCCGGCAAGGUGUCCUACGACGCAGAAGGAUUUUGUGAAAGGAACCGAGACGUUCUUUUCAGUGACCUCAUUGAGUUGAUGCAGAGCAGUCAAAUAGCUUUCUUCAGAGCUCUCUUCCCUGAAAACCUCAAUGCGGAGAAGAAGGGUCGACCCACUACUGCAGGCACUAAAAUAAAGAAACAAGCCAAUGACCUGGUGGGCACAUUAAUGAAAUGUACUCCCCAUUACAUCCGCUGCAUCAAACCCAACGAGACCAAGAAACCCAGAGACUGGGAAGAAGGCCGUGUGAAGCAUCAAGUGGAAUAUCUGGGCCUGAAGGAGAACAUUAGGGUGAGGCGUGCUGGCUACGCCUACCGCCGCGUCUUCAGGAAGUUCCUCAACAGGUAUGCCAUCCUAACCAGAGAGUCGUGGCCAUCAUGGCAAGGCGAUGAGAAACAAGGCGUCCUCCACCUCCUGCGCUCCGUCAACAUGGACCAGGAUCAGUUCCAGCUGGGCCAGACCAAGGUGUUCGUCAAAGCCCCCGAGUCGCUCUUUCUGCUUGAGGAGACCAGGGAGCGCAAGUUUGAUGGCUAUGCCAGAACCAUCCAAAAAGCCUGGCGGAAAUACGCAGCCCGCAAGAAGUACGUCCAGAUGAGAGAGGAAGCAUCUGACCUCCUGCUGAAUCACAAGGAAAGGCGACGACACAGCAUCAACAGAAACUUUGUGGGAGACUAUCUGGGCAUGGAAGACAGGCCGGAGCUACGGCAGUUUUUGGCCAAGAGGGAGAAGAUCGACUUUGCGGACAAAGUCACCAAAUAUGAUCGCCGAUUCCAGCCAAUCAAGAGGGACUUGAUCCUGACGCCGAGGUCGGUGUACCUCAUAGGAAGAGAAAAAGUGAAACAGGGGCCGGAGAAAGGACAAGUGACCGAGGUGCUCAAGCGGAACAUCGCCGUGGAGAGGUUCUUGGGUGUGUCUAUGAGCACCCUGCAGGAUGACUUCAUGAUUCUGCACGAGCAGGAGUACGACAGCUUGCUGGAGUGUGUUUUCAAAACGGAGUUCCUCAGCUUACUUGCCCGCAGGUUUGAGGAGAAAACCCAGAGGGCUCUACCAAUCAAGUUUAGUAACACACUGACAUUGAAGCUGAAGAAGGAGAACUGGGGCAUCAUAAGCGGCGGAGCUGGCUCCCGACAGGUCACCUUUGUCCAGGGUCAGGGAGACAUGGCCGCACUCAAGCCUUCCAGCAAAAACCUGCAGGUCAGCAUCGGGCCGGGACUUCCUCGGAACACACGUCCCUCCAGGCCCAGCAACACUCAAAGACGCUCUCGAACACAUCAGAACACGCCGUCGCGGGCCGCACCGGGUCCCCCAGUUGCUCACCAGAACGGCAGCCUGAAGAACACCAAUCACAUGGCCAAUAUGCGGAACUCGUUACAUCAGCAACGCCAGGGCGAACCCGUGCGACCUCACCUCCCCAGCAACCUCAGUCAGCCUAGGGAGAGGGGCAGCGUACGACCGCAACCUGGACCUGGACCCAAUCUGGACUUUCUCAGGGUUCCUGAUCAAGGAGCUGCAGGUCAUGGAGUCAGUGGAGCAGCUUCAAAUGGAAGAAUAGCUCACCGACCGUCAACCACCAGACCUCCACCAGGCGGCGGACGACCCAAGCCUGCACCCAAGCCAAAACCUCAGGUGCCCCAGUGCAAAGCCCUGUACGCCUACGACGCCCAGGACACGGACGAGCUUAGCUUCAACGCCAACGACAUUAUUGAUAUCAUCAAGGAGGACUCUUCUGGAUGGUGGUCAGGACGUCUGCGAGGGAAGCAAGGCCUUUUCCCCAACAACUAUGUGGCCAAGAUCUAGAAGGACGGACGGACCUCCGGACAGGAUGAAGGAGUUCCUAUGACGUUCCUCCCGGUGGAGCGUCAAGAAGCACUGUGGGAUUUCUAGGUGAAUCCUCCACUACUGCCUUGCAUAAUCCAUGAAUGUAAACUCUCUUUGUCAGUCAACUUCCCCAACACAAGAGGGACAACUUUGUCCUUUUCGGAAGUGCGGACAAAAAACACACACAAUUAUUUAUUGUAUUUAUACAUGCUUUCUGUCCUGAUCACCUUUUUUUUGCUGAGGAACCCUUUCAAAGUUACAGUACACAUAAUCUGGGAACAGGCUGUGAUUUAUGAUUUUUAUUUUUUAAAUCCUUACCGUGAGAUGAUUCCUAACUAAAAGAUGGCGUCAUAUUUAUUAUGUAAUUGUAAAGCUUGCAGGGAAUGGAUGUUAAGUCGUGAUUUUAUACCGUUUUUAGAGACCAAAGAUAGUCAGCAUCUCUGUGUGUACUGUAACCUGAGCACGCUGUCUGUGGUGUGUUAGCACUUUAUCAGUACAGGUACUACUACCUUGGACACACACUUUGUUGAGUCAAGUCAUGAAGGCCCACGGGAUUUUGUUUACACUUUUACACAAUUAUAUGUUGAGCGCCCUUUCUCUUUGUGUUCAAAUGAAAUGCCGUUUGAGCAUUUACUCCUAGAACCUGCACGAGUAACACGCUUUGUCCUUGCUAGUAAGACAACUCAGAGCACUAGAGGACUGAUUAGGGUACACUAGUAAAACUGCCCAGUCACGUUUUCACACACUAAUCUUGUGCAGAGUUUCUCUAAUAGUUAGUUGUCUUGCUAGUAUGCCAAAGUUUCCCUACUAGUGUUGGGAAAUGUCCUACUAAUUGCAAUCUGAUAUCCAAUUUAAGGUCGCCCUGGUAGGCCAAAAAAGGCACCAGCAGUAUAAAACGUCUUACUGGUGGACAACUGAGGAUACUAGAACGUAAACCUUAAGAUGGAUAUCAAAUAUAGAGUAAAUGCUCCGAUGACAUUCCAAACAAAGAGCGUCGUUUUGUCAGUAAAUGAAGAAUUGUUGUAUAUUAGUCUGAAUACUCACAGGGUCGCUUUAAGGCUCCUCUCACACACGACGGUGAUUCUUUUUUUCUUGUUUUGUGUUCACAGAGGUAUUUUUUUUUUUCUUUUUGUGCACUGCAAGUUGCAUUUUUCUUUCGCAUUCCUCACUUGGGUUAUGUUUGACCAAAUAACCACAUGUGCUCCAAAUUGCUUUCUCAACUGCUGGGACUUAUCACUUUGGAUCUUGGAUGGUUCAAAAGCAUCCUUGUGCAAUACAAGACAGUAAAUGAAACUUUUUUUAUUUUAAAUAAAGCAUGUAUUGUUGAA